CUAGGGGUGGGUGGGGGGGGGGAAGCUGUGGGCGGCAGACAGCUGGAGCCGUGAUUCACAAAAACCCGACUUGGCGUGAAAACAAAGACAUGCUACAACCCAGACGAGGUUCCUUCAUCACGAGAGGAGCGACUGAGUGAAGAGGAGGGAAAACACUGUGAUCUCGCUGGAGUUCAACGGCCACUUGAAGCUCGAGACGACACAUAAAAGUCAGGACCAGAACCCGGACUGGACUCGUGUGUGUUGGAGCUACAGAGGUACAGUUAUGGGAUAAACCAAGUGCCGAGAGGUGAGAGGAUGUUUUCUCUGGCUGGACUUAAACAAACCACAAAGGAGAAUAUUUAAAACCACAAUGCACCUGCAACUCCUCUUUUUCCACUUUCACUCCAGCUGAACUUCUGAAGCCAUUAAACUUUGACUGUUUGAUCUCUGAAACUUUUGCUAAAAUAUUUCCAGAGGAAUUAGUUUGUUUUACACACCUGCACCUGACAAACCCUCUCUUUAUGUACCCACCACUCCUUUCAUCCUGUUUACCCUGCAGAUGGCUGCCACGCUGGCAGGUGGACGCAGAUGUAGUCGCCUCGUUCAACAUUAACCGAAUCAGACAAAAUAAACGGCCGCCCCUGAGCACGAGCUGGAGGCAGGAAGGCAACGGAGCAAGUCUACAUUACUGUGACAUGUAGUUUAGAUUCAAAACAGUCAGAGGCGUAUUGGCCUGUAGCAGAAGAGAAAGUACUUCACUACCACAUGUCAACAGACUGGAAGAAGCUAAAAAUGAAAAACAAACAUGUACAGUCUCAUAUGUUAGUUUGUCAGGAGUCAAUUUAUGUGCAAAUUACGUCAAAAUGAGAUGAGUGACACAGCAUGAAAGAUGUGAACAAUACUUCUUCUGUUGUGGAGUAAAGUAGCAGAUAUAUAAGACGGAUCUGAUGCCCGCAGCCUGCUGGUGGGAUCAUGUUGAGUGUUGCUGGUAACGGUGGUUUCCUGCAGGGUGUGGUGGCACCAGCAUCACCGUCAUGGUGGUCUGUCCUGUUCUUAGUCGGUCUCCAGCUCCCCCAGCUGAGCCCGGUCCAGGCCACCAUCUGCCCGUCCCUGGGCUCCUCCCAGGCGGUCAAAUGCCUCUGUGCCUCAGACAUCCUCAGCUGCACCGCCCUGGGUCUGGAGCAGGUUCCCGGAGAAAUGCCAGUCUCUGCUGUGACUCUGGAUCUCAGCCAUAACCGGGUUGCGCAGUUGGAGGGGGGCAGCUUUGAAGGACUUUAUCGAUUGGAGACAUUACGGUUAGCUCACAACCAGCUGACUACCAUUCACCCAGGGGCGUUUCGAAAUGCCUCUGGGACUCGGCUCCGACACCUCGACCUGUCGUCCAAUCAGCUUCGUGUUUUGGAGCGGCAUUAUUUCGUAGAUUUGCCAGGAUUGGAGGAACUGCUGCUGUUCAACAACUGUAUCAGCCAGGUGAGGAACGGAGUUCUGGCUGGACUGGGCAACCUCCACAAGGCCUACCUCAGUCAUAACCGUCUCACUGACUUCCCUUUCUUCUCCAUCCAAGAGCACAGCCACCCUCACCUGUCCAUGCUGGACCUGUCCUCAAACCGCCUGCCGACACUACCCCUGGAGGUUAUAUCAAACUUACCCCUUUCGCUCCAGAAAGUACUCUACCUUCACAACAACUCCCUGGUGUGCGAGUGCUCAAUGUACGGACUGUUUCGGCAUUGGGAACAGAGAGGUUUCGCCUCAGUGAGAGACUUCAGGCAGGAGCACACCUGUCUGGUCUAUGGGAUUCAGAGAGGUACUGUCCGCUUCUUCAACAAUAACCGCUACUUUGAAAAAUGUAACUUGACUGUGAUGAGUGGGCUGCUGAAGGAGCAGGAGAGCAGCGUUUCGGUGAGGGCAGGAAAGGCACUGCUGCUGCACUGUGAGACCACUCUCACCGGGCAGCGUGUCACCUUUCUCUGGGUGUCACCGAAUCAGGAGUAUGUGGCUCCACCAGGUAACAACGGCUCACUAAAGAUGUACACCAACGGCAGCUUGGAGAUCAUGGCGGCUCGUCCGGAGGAUUCUGGUAUCUACUGGUGUAUGGCUCUGGACCAGCAGCAGCAGCGCAACGAAACUCGGGAGGUCAACGUGACGGUGGAGCCGCACCACAGCAACGACCCUCACGAGUCCUUCAACACUGGAUUCACCACCCUGCUGGGAUGUGUGGUGAGCCUGGUGCUGGUCCUCAUGUACCUCUACCUGACGCCCUGCCGCUGCCCUCCCUGUCCUCGGGCCUCGACCCCCGCCACGGCUACCGCGAGCCAGGUGAACGAGGCCGGGGCAGGGAGCGCCCAAUCCUCCAUCCUCACCCCGACCCCGCCGGCAACCACUGAGGGCCCGGGCCGCAAGGUCAGUACCAACAAGCAUGUGGUCUUUCUGGAGCCGAUCAAAGAGCAGCAGAACGGCAGACUGAGGGCGGGGCCGGUAGCUGGGGCGGUGCAAGGACACUUGGGGCCAGGUUUACUGAUAGGGGCAGAGCAGCACUCAAAGCUCCACAACCAGUCGCAGCAGCAGAGGGCAGGGGAGACAGACUCCAUCAUGUCCGUGUUCUCAGACACUCCCAUCAUGUUGCCAUAGCAACGGGACUAAGAGAGAUGCGGACUGGCACUGUCACCACCUCUCACUCACUUCCUUUCUCAACUGUUUGCCUCCUCACCACCUCCCACUGCACCCAGCACCAGACCUGAGCAAAACAGUAAUCCCACUCUGACUUUUAAAAUGUGUCUUUAUUUUGCUUUGAGGCGUUUCGACUGCCUGUGAAACAGAUCAAGUGCAAUUUUACGAGGUUGAAUACCAAAUUUACAAGUAUUAUUGUUUGCCCAGGUCUGCCCACUAAAGCCCUACAGCCAUGAACCAGUGCACUGUGACGAGAAGGGCUCAAACAGGGACAGGUUUAUGGAGAACACGUAGGGAGUGCAGAGCAAACAGACAAAAAAAUAGCAAGAACUCUGGGAGAAGCUGCAGAAACUGCCUCUAAAGUCUGAGCCAGGAGAACUGACAUGAAGCAACGUGAGCAUGGACUGCAGCUGAAAGUGCACAGGGCUGACCCUUUAAGCACGGCUUGUACCUUUAAUGAACAUUUGCUACAGAUGCCUUCUUGUCUCAGACAGAGAUAUAGAGAGAAAAAUAUCUUUUUGUAAAGCUUUUUAGCUUUUUCUUUUCUUUUCUUUCCAGAGUCGGUGUGUCAGUUGAUUAGAGCCAAAAGAAUGUGCAUAGUGUAGCUCUGUCACAUGUGAGAUGUUUUAGAGUAGACAAGCUAGAGAAAGAAGAAGAGCUUUUAGCAAGUAAAAAUAGAAACUGUUUUAAAGGGUAAGGUUUGACUCCCAUCCUCCUCCCUCCUCCUCCUCUUCCCUGGAACAUGAUUACUGUCAUCAGUCAGAACAGAAGUUCAGGAAAACAAAAAGGGAAAUAAAUAAAAAAACAUCAGUUGAAAUGAUUUAUGAUUUAUGCUGGAGAAGAAGUUGUUCAGUGGAACUUUUUCAAACGUUAAUCAAUGAGUUUUUCUAUUCACUACGUCUGAGACAAUAAAGGGUGAAAGAUUUGCCUUUGUGUGGUGAAUAUACGGCGGAUUGACGGGACAAUCAGGGCAGACGUGUUUUUGUUUGAUCACUGUAUUCACUGCAUCCCCCCGUCCUCGCACUGUCUCCUGUCCUCUCUUUAUCUGUGUGUUAAUAAACCUCUGUAU